UCACUUUUUGAAACAAAACAAAUUAUUUACAAUACCUCUUUAUUUUUUAUAUACUUUUAUCUCUUCAUAGAAAUAUUAUCAUAUCGAAGAUCAUCAGUGCGAUUAAAAUUAUAAGCAAUAUUAUUAUAAUUCAAUUUGUUUUUGUACUAUGCUGUAAAUAUACAAGUGGUUUUCUAAAUAUAUUUUUUCUUCAGAGUCAUCCCAAAAAGUAAUUAAUAACUAUGGAAGAUGACAUAGAAGGCAUUGAACUGAAGCCAGCGAGUAUGAGGAGGACAUUUACACUCCGUAACAAUGUUGCCAGACAAGCCGCAGUCAACUUUAUGCCCUCUCGUAAAGUGGCACACAGUACAUUAAGGUUAAGGCGUGCUAACAGCGAACACAAUGCUUUACUCGAAGCGUCGAUGUCUGAUGUGCCUGAUGCUGCCGAUAUUAUCGUGCGCGAAAUGGAGCAGCACCAUCAAUUAAUGGAAGAUAAUCCACUUUCUGAAGAACUAAGGAGAGAGGCGUUGCGUGAUCUACCCCAAGGGUUGACGAUGAAGAGAAAUGUUCGGGCGAAGCUUUCCGCCUCAGUCAGUCUGCGUUCCAAACAAAGACCUAUUUCGAUGUUCAAGAGGAUGAAGUAUAGGAUCAGUUUUGCUUGGAAAAAAUCACGUGACAGCUUUCGCGACUUCAUAUUUUCAAUCGAAUUAUGGUACGAGUCGAUCAGGACCAUCGAGGGUCACUUAGGCUCCGCCGUUGGCUCCUAUUUCCAUCUCUUGAGAUGGCUGUUCGGCCUCAACUUGAUGCUGUCAAUUUUGCUGAUAUCCUUCGUCGUGGUGCCCCAAGCCUUGCAUACCGGAGGAAGGAAUGGAACCUCCAGCAUAAGUUUCUUGGAUUUCAUCAGUGGUACGGGCGAGCUGGAGGACACCCUGCUGCUGUACGGCCACUACCACGACGGGGACGUCAGCGCGGGCCCGCCGCGGUACAACAUGGCGUUCGCGUACUUCUUCACGAUGGCGUGCGCGUUCCUGCUGUUCUUCGGCGUGCUGUGCUACCGCACGGCGCGCUCGUACCGGCGGCACUUCAUCGCGGCGGGCGCGGGCGGCUCGCUGCGGGCGGCGCUGGCCGGCAAGCUGUUCAGCGGCUGGGACUUCGGCGUGGCCGCCCCGCGCGCCGCUGCGCUGGCUGCGCGCGCGCUGUUCCACGAGUUCCGGGAACUGCUGAACGAACAGAACCGAAAGAGAGAAGCGGCCUCCUUCUGGGUAAGAUUCGGCCGGCGCUCGGCGAAUGUAGUCAUUACAACGAUCGUAUUAGGGUUGAUAUUCGGAGUGCAGUACGGGCUGUGGCUGCUGCUCAGUGUGGAGACGUUUAGUGACCACAGGGAGAUCUACAUAUCAUUGAUCAUCACGGCUGUAUCCGCGAUCUGCCCGAUCCUGCUUAAUUUAAUAGUUAAGUUAGAAUUCUACGAAGCUCGGACAGCCUUCUAUGUGACAUUGGCCAGGACCUGGCUAUUAGACAUCGGGACGCUCAUUCUGAUGCUGGUGUUCUGGGCACGUUCGGAGACGCAGUGCUGGGAGAACCGCGUUGGCCAGGAGGGAUACCGGCUGGUGCUGUUGGAUGUACCAGUGUCGCUGCUGCUCUUGCCGGCCAUUGAAUUCAUCCGCGGACUGCUGUUCAAAUUCAACUUCGUGAAGACGGCGCCUGAGUUCAACAUCGCGUACAACUCGCUGACCCUCAUCUACAACCAGUCGGUGCUGUGGUUCGGUAUGCUGUUCUCGCCACUGCUGGUUGUGGCCGUGACGAUCAAGUUCCUGCUACUGUUCUACGUGAAGCGCGAGAGCGCUCUGCGCGCCUGUCAGACGGGUAAAAAGGUGUGGCGAGCGGCGCAGACGCAGACGGUGCUGUUGAUGCUGGUCACGCUGUCGCUCUUCACGACGCUCUUCGCGCUCGGCUCGCUGUUCUUGAGGUCGCGCUCGGCGUGGUGCGGGCCGUUCCGCGGCUACGCGCGCGUGUGGGCCGUGCUGGCGGAGGGCGCGCUGCGCCUGCCGCGCCGCGCCGCGCUGCGCGCCGCGCUCGCCUUCGCCGCGCGGCCCGGCGCCAUCGCCUUCGCGCUGCUGGCGCUCUGCGUGGCGGUGUACAUCCUUCGUGCUCGCUCCAUCGCCCAGCAGUCCAUGGCGCGUCUGCUGCGACACAUGCUGCAGUUGCAGGCCAAGGAUAAGGAUUUCUUACUUUCAGCCAUCGAGAAAGUCUCAAAUGGAGAAUGGCUGUAUAGUCCAAAAUCUGAGGAGCACGAAGCGAACAGCCACACUUGGAAGUAUUUAAAUGAAGUCCGAAAACCAUCGAACGCCGGCUACCACUUCGACGUAUCCAGACUCAGCCACUCCUUCCUAGAACGACCGAGGUCAUAUGCAAAGGAUAAUAGGCCUAAUUCCUUUCAUACCGAUAAGCAGAAGUUGAAUGAGGACGGAGACACAGACAGCUCGUUCAGCUGGCAAGGUUCGAGCACCUAUUUGAAUCAAACUGACGUCGAGAAAAGUUAAUCUGUGGCCGGUAGCCGAACCGGUAGCUCGACCAGACGUGUGACAGGUGAUUUUUUUUUUAUAAAAUAUUUUCGGCAAUUCAAUUCCCCCGAGUCAAUUAUAUUAUCUUUUUUUUUUUUUUAAAUUAAAAUUGUGAUAAUACAACAACGACGCAUAAUAUAUACUAAUAUGUAGUUAAUAAUUUGUCUGAAUGUAAACAUGACGAAAUUUAUUUUUAAUAUAAAACACAUAUUACUCUUAUAUAUUACAUGAUAUAAUAAGAACGGUAUACAGUUAUUUAUAUAUGUAAAUAAUUUCAGAGUAUUUUUUUUAUAAACGAAAUUAAUUAUAUACAUAAAAAAAAUACUUAAAAAAACUUCAGUCUUCCAGUUAUAAAAAAGUCUAUUUCGCAUGAAACUGUUGUAAACUAUAAGUUAUAAUUUUUAUCAAUGUAUUUAUAGCUUAGUCUUCCAAAUCAAUUAAAAAUUGUGCCAAAUUUAACCUGAUUAGUUAGGACGCAUGUGGUCAUUUAUAUAUAUUUGAUCAGUAUUGUAAAGAAAUAUAUAAAUCCAUUAAGACUAAUACAUCAGUUAAGAUAUUUGAAAAUAGCAAAAUCCCGGGGUAUUUUACCUAACAGUGGCAAUUUCUCCCAGAGGGGGUAAAUGAGAUGGAAUCAAAUUCUGUCUUUAAAGUGUUAAAAAACAAUUCACAAUCAACUCCCGGUACAAUAUUAGAUACACUGAAGUUAAUAUCUGCAGGAACAAUAUAUCUAUGUUGAAUAAGAAACGAAUUUAAUAAUAUCUGCGUUGAAAGGUUGACACCGCAAAAUCUUUCUGCAAAUCAUUUUUAUUUUAUAUUUCAAUGUAUUUUCUAUAUCAUAUUAAUGUACAAUUUUGAUUUAAUUUUUUUUGUAAUGUAACUUUUAAUAUUUUUUAAUAUUUUAACUCUGUGACAAUAAAUUUCAUAAUA